GGCGAACCUUUGCGGAUCCGGUCAGCUCCGGAUUCUGAACUCCGGACCGACCUUCUCACUCUUCUAUCAGGAAAUACUGCGUACACCGGAGCAACAGAGGAAGAAGUAUCAGUGGCUGAAGCCUUUCCACUCACACACACACUCACCACGUUCAGCUCCCGAGCUGGGGCUGACAUACCUAGACGCAUCACCGAUACAACCCUCCACAUGAUGCUGCCGCCAAUAAUGCAACCAGCCAAACUCCCCUUCCUCUUCCACAUCGCCAUCGAGACCGCCGCCGCGUGCUCCUUCAUCCUCAGGCCCGGCAGUCAGCUGACUAACCCACCGGCCGCCGCGCAGCUGGUGCUGCAGCAAUUCGGUGGGCUACUGCUGACCACGAACCUGAUCUGCCUCAUCUUUGUAUCGCGGCCGUUUGACGAGAUGAGUAGGCAGGUUGCGGCGGCGUUGGCAUUUUGGCAUGUUUGGCCGUGUUGGCGCGCCUAUGUGCGGUUGACGAAGCCCGAGGUGGAUGGUCUGGGAAAGGAGAGAGGAGAAGAGGCGAAGGCAACGCAGAGGACUCUUGGAGGACCGGCUGUUCAUCUCGCGGUGCAUGUUGGCAUGUUCUUGUUAUUUGCGAGGACUGUGUUUAUGUGACGAUAGAGGUUAGAAGAGGAAGAAGAGGUUGCAGUGAUGACCUUUUGAGAUUAUGGAUGUAAGAUUCACCGCAGUGAUUUCUCUCGUAGCUC